AUGGCAGACUUCAGGAAGCUCAUUCGAUUCAAGGAUGCCUCGGGUCAGGUGUACUACGGCGAGGCCGGAGAUCUCAAAGACAUCACCCAAGACGGUCUCCUGGGUGCUGAUGUGCCUAUAUUUGAAGGCCAGAAUCCGUGGACUCCAGGCUUUGUCCUGACGGAGAGCCGGAGGACGAUCUCAGAGGUCUUGGCUCCCAUCGAACAUGUGCCGAUAUUCUACUGUGUCGGGCUGAACUACAAAGACCACGUCAAAGAAGCUGGAGCAAUCGCCCCAGGAGAAUAUCCCUUGAUCUUCACUAAGCCAACCGGCGCGGCUGCCGGUCCAUUUGAGGACAUACCGGUCCAUCCAGAGGCACACGACUUGGAUUACGAGGUUUGUUCCUACAUGCAACACUCUGCCUUCUCAACGAAUUCUCGAUCUAACCGAGAUAUUUUACAACCACAGGUUGAGUUCUCCAUUGUCAUCGGCAAGAAAUGCAAGAACGUGUCCGCGACCGACGACCCAUUCCAGUAUGUACUUGGCUAUACCGCUGGAAACGACCUAUCUUCCAGGUUCUGGCAGCAGCCGCACAGAGGCAAUGGUCAACCGGGUAUUGCGAAAUCAUUUGACAAAUUCGCCCCAAUUGGGCCGGUGAUCACCUCGACCAAGGUGAUAACCGACUCAAAAGCCCUAAGUGUCAAGACAUUCGUGAACGGUGAACAGCGUCAGGACGGCGGUACGGAUGACUGGUACUUUGAUGUCCCCUGCAUUAUCCGUCAUCUGAGUCGUGGCGUUACGCUGCAGCCGGGGACUGUCAUUAUGACGGGAACUCCUAGUGGGGUUGCUGCUUACCGGAAGCCGCCGCUUUGGCUCCAGGAUCAGGAUGUUCUGGAGACACAGAUCGAGAAUAUUGGGACCAUGAGGAAUAGGAUAAUCUUUGAGAAAUGA